AGUGAGACAGUUGAAACAUUUUCUGCAAAGGAAACAUUACUAACUACGCGUGAUUACGGAAGAGAAAUUUAAUUGAAACUAUAGUGAGUGUUGAAAAGCAAGCAUGAAUUUUAAAGGACUUGCGAAUUUCAAAAUGUGUCGUUGGGUAAACAAGAUGCUUAUACUAAUCUUGAUACUCGGCUUACAACAAGCGCAGAACAGUGCAGUAUUUACAGAGACGGAUUGUAAAGUGAUGAGCGCCGACUCUAACUGUCAGUGUUUCAUGGAGCUGGCGCGCUACAAAAUCGAAUGUGUGCUACACGAAUCCCAGGGCAAACUGAAUAUACGCAUUACUCCCGGCAAAGUUGCAAAGAUCGAAUGUGAAGAUUUUAAUGAAGAAAGCUAUAAAAUGUUGCCCAAGUUAAAUAUCGGACCAAUGAAAAUCGCACAAAUUCAACAUUGUCCGUUACCCGAUGACGAGCAAUCCAUUGUUGAACUAUUUAAACGUUUGGGCAUCGAACGCGUCAACUAUCUCGCUUAUACAAUCGACGCAGGCAAUACCAAUAUAACCCACCAGCAACUCAGUGGCAUGGAGCAAUUACGAAAUUUGAAAUUGAAUGCAAAAACAGAAAUAAUUUUACCAAAUGAUCUCUUCCAGCAUCUACCAAAUCUCAUUUGGUUAAAUCUGUGCUCCAAUAAUUUCACACUCGAAGAACAUUUGUUGGAACCUUUAGUCAAUCUGACUUAUCUGGAUUUAGGACAUAACUUUUUGGUAGAUUUGCCCGCAGGCAUCUUCAAAAAUCAAGGAAAACUGAGGCAACUGAACUUGUGGAACAAUCGUUUGCGUAAACUUACGAAGCAAGCAUUUCAGGGCGCACACGAACUCUCGUUUCUGGAUCUUAGUUCAAACGAAAUAGAGCAUUUGGAACAUGAUGUUUUCGCACGACUCGUCAGUUUAAAAAGUUUGAACUUGAAUAUGAAUAAAUUGGUAGAUUUACCUCCGGAUCUCUUUGCGUCUAAUAAACUGCUCAAAGAAUUCAGGCUAAUUAAUAACAAAGUUCAGUUAAAAACUUUACCACGAGGAUUAUUUGAAAAUUUGACGCAGCUGGAGGAAGUCACAGUAACUUGCGGUUUGGUCGAUUUACAGGAAGAUUUGUUCGACGGUUGUACGAAAUUGGCAAAUCUGACAUUGCGUAACAACGAGCUAACAACACUGCCGGAUAAGUUGUUGAGCCACCAAAAAAAUCUCUAUAACGUGGAUCUGUCCCAUAAUCGUUUGCAAAGUUUGCCCGAUAAACUAUUUCAGAGCACAGUUGGUUUGGUUGUACUAAAGCUGUCGCACAAUCAACUCGUCGAGAUAACAAGCGAAUUAUUCAAACCCUUAACGAAACUCGAAAUAUUGCAACUCAACGACAAUGAUUUACUCAAGAUCGACUUCAACGCUUUCACCGAAACUAGCAACAUGAAAUAUCUCAACUUGGCCAAUAACCAAAUCGAUCUCUCCAUGAAUGCGGAGGCGGAUGUACUGGAAAUAAUGGACACUAACGAUAACAAUGACGGCUAUGUGGAAGACUUUCCAAACGAUGAUACCUCACCCUUCCGUUUCUUAUUCAAUUUAGAAGAAUUAUACUUGCGCAAUAAUUCCAUUAUGUCCCUGUACAAAGAUUGGAGGAUACAACUUCUCAAGCUACGCAAACUGGAUCUCAGCUACAACAAAAUAAAUACGUUCUCAACUCAGGAUAUACGAUUUUUCAGCAACGAAGUCGCACUAGUCAAUCUCACACACAACCUCAUCGAACAAAUCAAUUUUAAUGGCAUCAACAACAUUGAACUACACACCGCAGCACGUCCCAUACAUUUUGACUUCAACGAGAAUCCAUUGAAUUGUGAUUGUGGAAUUUUACAUUUCGUGCAGUUCAUUAUUGGUGAUCUCGCAGGUGAGGUGGUUGAUAAAAUUGAAGUGUCUACGAAUAAUUUACGUUGUGUGGGUCCACCAGCGCUGAAGGAUAAAGAGGUGAUCGAUUUAAGUACCAUGGAAUUGGUUUGUCCGCUCGAUGAUCAAUUCUCACUGGAGAAACUUUGUCCGCAAGGUUGCGAAUGUUUGGUACGUCCCGUGGAUCUUAUGCUGCUCAUUAACUGCUCAUACGGCAACUUCACAGAGGUGCCAAAACUACCCGCUUUGACGCUGCUGAAAGGUAUCGAGCUGAAUGUGGCACAUAAUCAAAUCAAAAAUUUACCCAACAACACUACACCGGGCUAUUCCAGUGUGGUGGCAUUAUUUGCUGCCGAUAAUCAACUACAUCAUAUCAAAGCGGACAAUCUACCGGAAAAUUUGGAGUAUUUGGAUUUGAGAAAUAAUCUCCUGCAGACACUGGAUAAGGAUGUACUAAUCUACUUCUUCAAUAACUGCGGCAACUUACAGAGUAUUUUCCUUGCAAAUAAUCCCUGGGUUUGUGACUGUUUGGAUACACAGUUUUUGGGCUCUAUACAGGCUCUUUUCGAUACUGGAAAAAUCACCGAACACGAUUUGUUGGCUAUGCGUUGCGUGAUGAAGAUCGAUUCCAUAGGAGUCCAAUUUGGAAGUUUGACAGUUGUUAACGUCAUCUCCAGAAUGAUAUGCCUAUCAGCGAAGUAUUUGAAACUCGGGCUAUUAUUCUUCAUUGCUUUUCUCUUAAUGUAUGUUAUUCUGCGAAAACAUUGUGAAAAUGAGGACCAUGAUUAUUGCCCCUGCAUGAUAGAAAGAAACGUAUAUCCCAAUUUGUUAGAAGCCUUUAUAAUCUAUUCAAAACUCGAUGAGCACUUUUUCACUGAACCCACCGAAUUUAAAAAUACACGUGACUUAAAUCCACCUAAGAAACGACCAGAUAACAUUGUUGUGAAAGAUAUAAAACAAUACGCAAAGAAGUCCAAACGUACAGUUAUUCUGUUAUCGGAAAAUUUCGUGAAAGAUAUAUGGGCAGUCAAGAAAUAUCGCUCGGCACUUCAAAAUUUCAUUCCAAAAAUUAUAGAUCGUGUGAUAAUCAUACUUUACGGUAUAAAGUGUACAAAAAGUCUGGACAGUGUGAUGAUGAAGUGCUUCAAAGGUGCCACUUUUUACGUCUGGGGCGAACCGAACUUUUGGGAUCAAAUGCGUGCCGAGCUCCCCCAAAUAGCUGAUAAGAAAGCAAUUGACAAAUAUAUGGUCAAGUUGGAGGUGCGUGAGUUGUAGAGAGUGAGGAAAAAUAUGUACAUGCACAUGUACCUAGCAAUAAGCAAUUCAAUUCAAAAAUUCAAUUACAUUAACUUAUUUUAU